AUGGCUGGUGAGACGGGGUCUAUCUCAGUCUCGCAGGCCCAGGCAAUGGUGAUGAUAGCGUUUGCCGCUACCGCGUACUACAAUACCAUUGAGACGUUCUUCUCCAUCUUCACCACGUUCAAACGGCGGCAGGGACGGUAUUUUUGGAGCAUGAUGGUAUCCAACACGGGGAUCAACAUCAACGUCAUUGCCUUCGUGUUGCGAUAUUUCGGAUACUAUCACCAGGCGAUAUUUACUUCGAGCAUCAUUAUUCCGAUAGCUUGGUAUUCAAUGGUGACAGGACAGGCUAUUGUACUGUGGUCGCGGCUUCACUUGGUAGUACACAGCCAGCGUAAGAUCCGCUUGAUCCUUGCAAUGAUCAUCUUCAACGCGGUUACGAUGCAUGUUCCGGAGACCGUUAUAUUCUUCUUGGCAAAUUCCGAUCAUCCUCAGAAGUGGGUCUUGCCGUUCAAGAUCUACGAGAAGGUUGAACUGAUCGUCUUCACGAUCCAAGAAACCAUUAUCGCCAGUGUCUUUCUGUUCGAGGGCUACCACAGCCUCAAGCCACUCACAGCGAUCAAGCCGAAAUCCGUCGCAAGCAUGGUCCGUCAUUUAGGGGCGCUCUUUGCUGUUGUAUUCUUGCUCGAUACCGGUCUAAUCAUUCUUGAAUAUAACGAUAAAUUCGAGAUCCAAACGAUGUGCAAACCGUUUGUUUACAGCGUCAAACUCAAGGUGGAGUUCGUCGUGCUUAACAAGCUGCUGUCCUUCACUCGUAUGAGCACGUGCAACUGCCGCGGACCCGAAACUGUUCCUUCGAAUACGAUCCCCGACAGCGAUAACCGGACCAAGGUCGGACAGGCCGGCGUAAUAGGGGCGCUUCCAGACAUCGAGCAAACUGGAGGUUCUUUGUCACCGAUGUGGCAGACGUUACGGCCGGAUCACAUUUUCGACGGGGAGCUGACUACUGCGCCGCCGACACGGCGAGGUUCCAAAACCAGCAGGCUCACGAUACAGCAGACUGAGAUACCUGCCGAUCAAGCCUCCCCGAGCGAAAUGGCGACGAAAAAGGAUGGAUGA